AUGUUGCUUUGGAAUAAAAAACGGGAUAAUUAUACUACUUGGCUUCUUAAGCUCCAACAACAAUAUGGUGAUGUAUUUGAAGUUUGGUUAAGUAAUAAACGCAAGGUUUAUAUAUGUAAUCCUGAAUAUUUUGAUAAAUUACUUCCACCUGCUACAACUACUAAAUGGUUUAAUCGAAUGGAACAAUGUUGGAAUAAUUUUGGUGAUGAUUAUCAAAUCGUGUUAAAUGAAUGGAUGAGACGUUUUGCUACUGAUAUGAUUAUUGAAAUUACUACUGGAAAAAGGGCUUAUACAUUGCCUGUAUAUUUUAAUAAAUUUACUACUAAAAAACUUUUUGAUAUUCCAUCUGCUGUAUUAGAUGAUUCUGAAUAUUUUAUCCAAAAUAUGGAAAAAAUGCGUCCUAUCUCUCAUUCAGCUACUCGUUUAAACACUGAACCUGAUGAAUUACUCGCUGGAAAUAAAAAUUCAAAGUAUUGGAAAGAUCCAGAGAUCUUUAAUCCAGAUAGAUUUAUGUGUGAUGACAACACGGUUAAAAAGAAUUUUAUAUUUUUUGGUAGAGGAAUCCGACAAUGCCCUGGUAGGAAAUUGUCGAUGAUUGAGUUAAAAGGAAUUAUUGCAAUGUUAUUUAGAAAGUAUGAUGUUACUUUGAUGAACGAAGAGUUACAUUAUAAAAGCACGGUAAUUAAUUCUAUGAUUGAAAAAAUGUCUUUAAAAAUUACACCUAGAAAAGAUACUAUAAUUAACUAA